ACGCCAUAUUGAAUUCCCGUAGGAAACAGCUAGCGAUUUUUUUUUUUUUCCCUUUUCUCUCUCAGCUAGCGACAUUAAAGGGGACACUUCUUCUUUUUUUUUUUUUAUAUUAUAAAAUCAAUGGUGCUGCUCUGCUUCAAUGUUUAAACACGUGUGUUUUCGUGUCCCCGGGGUAGAGCAGUGACCUUUUGAAGGGUCGGUAUACUUGUAGUGUGGGGAGGAGUGGCGGAGGAGCGGGGGGGAGCGGACGAGUUGAAUGGAUCCGAGGGUCGCCUGGAUUCAGCCCGAACAGAAAGGACCUGCGAACGCCUUAUGGAUGCACGUCUGGGAGACCUCUCAGGGGGUGCGGACCCUCUCCGCUCAGAUCCAGAACCAGCAGAACCAGCAGAACCACCAGCAGAACCACCACCACCACCACCAACGCGUGAGUUACGCAGCGCUGGACGUUUUGAAAAAUGUGGCGGCCGCGGUGGCAUCGGGCAAGAACGUUUACGGUAACGGCAACUUGGGCAACUUGAGCAGCCAUCGCAGCAUCAUUAUGAACGGGACUAACGGGGAUGUACGGAGCUCCUUCGCCGCGACGGAGGGGAAAACCCUGCCCCAGAAGAAGACCGGACCCGGCUCUUCCUCCACCUCGUCGUCGUCGUCGUUGCAGGAAUCCCGAACCGCUUCCAACGGCUCACUCGAAAGGACAACUGUUGGGAAUGUUAAUACAAACCUCGGGGGUGCCAAUAAUGUCAACCUCCAUCACCACCUCCACCUCCAUCCUUUCGACGUGAAGCACCAUCAGCUUCACCCGUCUUCUUUACCUGUAAACCACACACACAACCACCACCCUGGACGGAGGAAAAGCGACAAUAAAGCGAGCACGUACGGGAUGAAUUACCUGCUUUCCAACUGCUCUAACGGCAAUAACGCGAGCAGUUGGACGCCGUGGAAGACGGGGCGGUACAACCCGGGGGUCCUCGGACUCCACGAGGAGGUGAUGGACCUCUACAACUUCAUGUCUCCUCGGCCGGAGGAAGCGGCUAUGAGGAAGGAGGUGGUGAACCGGAUAGAGAUGAUCAUCAAGGAGCUGUGGCCGACUGCAGAUGUCCAAAUAUUUGGCAGCUUCAGCACAGGGCUGUACCUUCCAACAAGCGACAUUGACCUGGUCGUGUUUGGGAAGUGGGCGCCCCCGCUGCAAGAGCUGGAACAAGCUCUCCGCAAGCACAACGUGGCAGAACCGUUCUCCAUUAAAGUGCUGGACAAGGCUACGGUGCCAAUCAUCAAGCUGACAGACCAGGAGACGGAGGUGAAGGUGGACAUCAGUUUCAACGUGGAGACUGGGGUCAAGGCGGCAAGCUUCAUUAAAGAUUAUGUUAAGAUGUAUCCAGUGCUGCCUUACCUGAUCUUUGUACUGAAGCAGUUCCUGCUGCAGAGAGAUCUGAACGAAGUCUUCACCGGGGGAAUCAGCUCCUACAGCCUGAUCCUCAUGGUCAUCAGCUUCCUACAGCUCCAUCCUCGCAUCGACGCCAGAAACCCCAGCGAGAAUUUGGGCGUGUUGCUGAUCGAGUUCUUCGAGUUGUACGGCCGCCACUUCAACUACUUGAAAACGGGGAUUCGCAUCAAAAGUGGAGGCGCAUACAUAGCCAAAGAGGAGAUCAUGAAGGCCAUGACAAAUGGAUACAGACCAUCCACGCUCUGCAUAGAGGACCCACUACUCCCAGGUAAUGAUGUAGGGAGGGGUUCCUAUGGUGCCAUGCAUGUAAAGCAGGUGUUCGACUACGCCUACACUGUCCUGAGUCACGCUGUGUCCCCGCUCGCACGGUCGUAUCCCAACAAAGACUCUGAAAGCACCUUGGGGAGAAUAAUCAGGUUGACCCAGGAAGUUAUCGACUACAGGGAAUGGAUCAUUAAGAAGUGGGGGGGCAGGGAUCUGGCACGAACGGACAACAGAGUUCCCCCUCCCAAGGAGCCGGCGUCGGAGCAGGAGCCCUGUGUGCUCGGCGGUGGAGUCGGGACGGAGGAGCAGCAAAGGGACUCGACGUCGCCCCACAGCGCUGACUCGCCCAUGUCCAUCUCCAGCCCCCAGCAGCACUCCUCCGCCUCCUCCGUCUCCUCGCUGUCUGGAUCAGACAACGACUCUGAUUCAGCGCUGCCGUGUCCCGUCCCGCCUCCUUCCCUGCCCCCGUACCCGUCUUUCCCUCAUCUGGGCCUAGCUAUGCCGCCGGGCCUCAACAUGGGCACCUGCAAGCCCGGCAUGGGAGGACACCAUCUCCUCUUGCAUCCAGGCUCACAGGCUCGCGUCUCACUAGCAAUGCACUCCAUACCUGGCAGACAGGUGUGUAUAGACACCGGGCUCCCCCUUCUUCCACGCCCCCCAGCCCAUGCUCAUGCCCCCGCCCCCUCCAGCCCCCAGUCUCCGCCCAGCCCCCACUCCAGCCACACACACAAGAACGGAGUCAAGUUCAACGUGAAGAGCUUCCACAACCCUCCGCUGGUCAACAACCCCGUUCUGGCUAACCGCGGACACACACACAGCCACACACAGUAUCACCGCAACACUUGGCGACGCAGGAAGAGGGACAGCCUGCCGGUUAGCCUCAGCAGAUAGAAACCACUCCUCUCCCCCCCCCCCUACACUUUUGCUCCGUCUCCUCUCCUCUCCGGCUCUGCAUAUGUCGGGAGGGAGGAUGGACCGGCGGACCGACGGAGGACCAGAGACCAGCAGUUUUCACUCUGGGGCUGCCGUGACACGGACCAACAGCUCCUCAGCUCUGCAGCUUCUUCCUUCUAUCCCUACCUUUCCUUUUCCGCAUGACUUCUGUUCAUACUUCUGCAGUUUCAGUAUUAUGUUACUUUCAGUAUUUUGUCCUCCUCGUCUUUGUUUCAGGUCUUUUUUUUUUUCUUUUUCGUUAGACUUGGUGCUGAAGCCAUUGCCAAGUUCAUUUGACCUCGUCUUGACGUUUGCAGCCAAGCUGCCUUUGGUUCAGUGUUACUUUAUUUUUUUUUUUUUUUUUUUUACAGUUUAUACACUUAAGAACAAAAAAGGUUUUUUUUUCAUUUGUGCAAUAAUGUUAUUUUUAUUUUUUUGGGACGAAAGUAAAUGCUUAUUUAAUUUGUGUGUGUGUGCGUGCGUGUGUGUGUGUGUGUGUGUGUGUGUGUGUGUGUGUGUGUGUGUAUAUGUAAAGGCGUUUUUAUACAGUUGUUUUAUUUUUGUAGAGUUUUAAAUUUUGUUUACGAAAAACUUUCCCCAGGCAGCAUCUCUGGAGUGUGUGUGUGUUGCUCUGUCUGGUCGUUG